AUGGUUGGAGAAGCCAUUCCUUUCGCGGCCGUGGAUGAGACGAGACGUGGAACGUCUUGCUUGGUUGCGGGCAAGUAUAUUCGCGAACUGGAGCACACGCGCAAUUCGCUUAUGGGCGAGUGGCUUAGAGAGGAUUUGUUUGAAAAGUUAGGGUUUCUAGGACGAUAUUUGACUAGCAUAGGAGGAUUCCGCCUUCCUCCUUCGCCACCGUCGUAA